UCCCCGUUUGGAGGUAAAGUAAUUCGCAUUAUUUGGAAUUGAAACUUCGAACUGUUUGUUGUGUGGAAAGUUUUACAAUUUGGCCUAGAUCAUAAGAAAUAGUGUGUUAGCUAAUUCAGUGAAUUAAUUGAAGAAGGAGUUUAAGUUAUUUGGUGAACAUUUGCAGUGCAAAUUAGUGUAGUUUAAUUGUAUUCUUUUCUGAGCGAAUUAGUGCUAGGCUACGCAUAUCUGAAAUAUUUAUUAAAGAAUGGAUACUCCACGUAAAGAUGAUCAUCAUGAAGGUAUCAUUAGUGCAACGAAAAGUAAGAAGAUCUUUAAAAAAAAUGCAAACUACAAAAAGAAAUUGGCAGCGGUUAGGGCCAAAUACUGUCCUAUGCUGGAAAGCCUGAUAAGUCAAAAUACAACAGAGAUCCGAUACAAACUACAAUCUAUUUAUGAUAUCCUUACAAAUAAGAGAAGGAUGAAGAUGGCGUAUCUAAUCAAGAUGGAACGUGUCUUGGAGAAAUUAUACAAGAUGGCACUAAGGCCCUCUAUACCAGACGACAAGAAGGAACCAGACGACAAGAAGGAACCAGACGACAAGAAGGAACCAGACGACAAGAAGGAACCAGACAACAAGAAGGAACCAGACGACAAGAAGGAAGAGGACAAAAAUCAUCUGUCAAACACUGACAAUGCUAAGAAGAAACCAAGGUGGGAUAAGAAAGAAGUUCAUGAGAAAGUUGUAACAGAACAUUUAGUGAAUCACUCUAUUAGUGAUAAUACUAGUACAUCUGGAGUGUCUCAAAAUCUUAGUAGUAGAGGUAUUUCUAGAAAUACACCUACUGAUUUAAUUGACAACGAUACCUUUAUAAAUCUACAAAAAGCUUUACAAUUUCUUGGUUUGAGCAAAGAUGUGGAGUCUUCAGUUUCUAAAGCAGAUAUUAAUAGUGUGAGUACAGAUGUGAGCAAAGCCACAUAUCAGUGUCCACCAGCUUUACAGAAACCUCUUGAAACUCCAAAACAAUAUUUUAUACAACAAUCUAACGCAUCAAAUGUAAGAGGACAGUACACAAAUAGUGUAUAUCUUCCACAGUGGAAUAAUUAUUACAAUUUUUAUCCAUACCAGAGUUAUCAAUACUCUUACCCACCACCAUAUAACCAAAUGCAUUACUACCCUGAAAAUCAAGCUGUACCCAAUUCACAUUUCAGCCAUGCUCAAGUAUCUUCACCUGUUGGGUGUACUAUUCCUACAAAUACCAGCAGAAUGACAUCUGGAUGCUUAAUCACCAAGCCUCAUUGUACAAAUUCAGUAACUGGAGAGAGUUCAUCAAAUUCUCUUAAUACUUUUGAAAACUUAAACCAAAUUUGUAAUCCGAUAGAUAAAGGUAGAGAAGUAAUUGGUGAAAUUUCUCAGCCAAGAAGUAACAGACAUCAUUUUAAUAAUAAAAUUAAUAGAUCAUCCAACAUUAAAGAUAAUCAGGGUACAAAAUUCAUUAAAUUUCUAACCCGUAAUCCAGCUAGAAAAUACAAUUCAUCAAUGUAUGCUAAACCACUCUCCAAGAAUAACAAUAGGUGUCAGUCUAUGAAUUCUACAAGUGUUACUAGAGAAACUGCAAGGAAAGAAAGUAAUAUUAGUAUUCUUGAGCCUGAAAAACAAUAUGAUUCUUCCCAAAGACUUCAUGGAGUAGAUCAUAUUACACAAAGCAUACAAGACUAUGUUUCUCCACUUGCUGGUUUAUAUGAUACAAGAAGCAAUGAACCAACCAUUUACAAAGAUAAAAAUAUUGAUAUAAGGACAGCAAUUAGUAACAGAUUUGUCAAGCGCCAAGGGUAUGUGAAACGUGCCAUCAAUGUAAAAAAUUCUAAUUCAAUUACAUUUUUGCAAAAAACUGAGAAAGACAAUUUUAAAGAGAAUGAUGACAGUAAUAAAAUAGAAGUUAACACAGUUGAUAAAAAUGGUUCUUCUAGUUUAGUGAAACAGAAAGAUCAUAUUGAUAAAAACUGUAGAACUCUCCAAACUUCAAAGACAACAACAAAUAAAGUAAAACGGUCACGAUUCACUAAUAUAUUACCAAAACCAAAACAGCGCUGUCGUACAAAAUUAGAUAAAACUAGAGAAAUAAAAAACAAUUAUAUGUCCAAGGAAAGUAAUAAGAAAAAUAUAACUAAAAUUGAGAAUAAAAAAAGCUCUACAGAUUCUUUCAUAGUUCCUGAUCGUAAUUGUACAACAAAAGAUUCCAUAAACAAAAAUGAAUCACCAGUUGUAAAUUGUACUAAUAUAGAGGGAAAUAUUGUUGACAAUCAUUUUGAUGAACAUGAAAAUGCUCUCUUAAAUGAUGCUGUUACUAAAGGUCAUAUUGAAGAGGUUUUUCAUCUAGAGAAAUCUACAGAAUCUAUGACAGCUGAUCUUCAACAACACAACACAACCGUUCAACAGAACAUUACAAGAUACAGUAAUGAAGAUAUUUUAAAUAUAUCAGUUGACACAACUGAUAAUAAGACCAUGUCACAUGUUGAUUUCCAAGUUCUUCCUGUUAAUUGUGAGAAUAAUGUUUUACUUAAUAAUUCGUCUGAUUUAAAAGAAGCAAGUAAUAAUGUUUUAUUAAAUGAGAAAAACGAUAUUAGUAAAAGCAAAACCACAAGUGAUUUUAUUGGUCUGAGACUUAUGUCAAGGAAUGAAAAUGACUACUUUGAUAGUAUGAGUAAAAAUAAAAAUGAAACUGUAGAAAAACUGGUAAAAAAUAUUAACGAUAACAAACGUUCUUUCAUAGUUACUGAUUGUAAUAGUACGUCAAAAGGUUCCAUAAACAAAGAUGAAUCACCGGUUGAAAAUUGUACUAGUAAUACAGAGGGAAAUACUGUUAACAGUCAGUUAGAUGAACACAGAAGUGCCUUCUUAAAUGAUAUGGUUACUAAAGAUCAUGUUGAAAAGGUUUUUCAACAAGAGAAAUCAGUAUCUAUGAUAGGUGAUCUUCAACGACACAACCCAACCUUUCAACAGAACAUUACAAGAUACAGUAAUGAAGAUAUUUUAAAUAUAUCAGUUGACACAACUGAUAAUACGACCAUGCCACAUGUUGAUUUCCAAGUUGUUCCUGUUAAUUGUGAGAAUAAUGUGUUAUUAAAUGAUUCAUCUGAUUUAAAAGAAGGAAGUAUUAGUAAAGACAACCAACUGCACAAUUGUGGUAGUGAAAUAGCGAAGUUAAAAAGUCAAUCUACUAGAAAAAGACGUUGUGAACUUGAUCAAAUACAUGACUCUUUAAAGUCUUCGCUUAUUUUCAAAGACAUAAUGAAUUGUUCUCGAUUAAGAUCAUGUCGGAUGAAAACAGAUAUUGUUAAACUUAAAAGGAGGUCAAACAAGAAAAAGAAGCAAAAUGGUAAGUCACAAUAUAAGUGCAGUUUAAAAAUCAAUGCUGGAAAUGUAGACAGUGAAGAAAAUGAUUUACUCCACGGCUCAGUUGAAGGCCAACUCUCUUCAUUUUUACUUUCCAAUUUAAGUACAGCAACAAAUACACUCCAAAAUACAGUGUCAAAGGUUUCACUUAAAAAUAAUGUUACUUCUCCUCAAAGUACUCAAGAGUACAACCAAUUAUUUAAUAACAAAACUGAAAAAUUAACGAAAGUUUUACCUUGUAAAAAUGUUGGAAGUUCAAAACCUCAGUCUUUGAGUUCACCGAAAUGUGUUCACCUAUUAAUAGGAGCAAUAGGAGCAUUUAAAGAUGGCGUUAGUGCAAGACAUAUUUUUGACGGAUCAUCUGAAGAAACCAACAACCAGGAAACCACAGAUCUCCAAGUAUCUGCAUUAUGUGUUAGCGAAAAUGAAGUUGAAGGGAAAGAUAAUCCAACUUCACAGUGUGGCAAUUUGUCUAUGGGACAUCAUCAGGAUGUGAAUAGCUACAGCACUGAUGACGAUUGGACCACGUUUGUAAGAGAAAUCCUAGCAAGUAUUGAAAGUGAACUUAAUAGGUCUCCAUCCAGAAAAGAACAAACCGAAUGAAUCAGCACCGUCAAUGAUGUCAGGUGUCUGAAAAUGCAUUCAAAAUGGAGAAACCUAAUCUCCGUGGAUCUCACCGGCCUGAGCAGGAGUAUUUUGCGGAUUAGUUGCUAAUAUAUAUGUAUAUAUUAUAUUUAACAAGUUUUAAGUUUAUUACAUUUUAUAUAUUAGUUUGUAAUAUAUAUAUUUAUAAUAUGUUAUAUUUUAAACCUUUAGAGUAAUAAAUAAUAGAGUAAUAAGAUGUUUAACUCAUUGCAUCCAUUUAUAAAAACUAUGUACAUGUUUAAAAUGAAAAAGUUGCCUGUAGAUUUGUCAUCUCUAGUCAUAAACGGAUGUAAAUCCCAGCAAGGUUCUUGUCUAUGGUGAGACCUAGAAAUGUUAUGUUAUUAACUUGAUCCACAAUGGUAUAAUUAUUUAUCAAGAUAUUAGGACUUGAAUGCUGUGCAUCUUACAGUCCUUUUGCAUUCCAGAUUGCUUGAAAUAAUUUUCACAUGAAAAAUAUUGUUUAUUUGCUCUUAUUUAGAUUAUAAAUGAAUAAACCACUGUAUACAUUAAUAAAUAGACAAUAUGUAGAUACAUUUCAUCCACAUAUUCUGUUACAUCCUUUUUAUAGUGAUGUUGCCUUCUGUGUUACAUGAAUCCACUAAUAUAGAAUCAGCACAAUAAUUAUGAUUUGAUAUGAUAGAUUUCUUCAAUGUGCUUAUUUAAAAGAACAGAAUUUUUUUACAUUAUCAUUAAAUUAAGCUAAGAGACUGAAACUUAAUAUUAGAAUGUAACAUUCCUCUCCUGAUAUAGAAAGAUUUUUAUAGCAUGUUUAUGAGUCAUACAUUAUGUUUUUUAAAUUAAAAUUGCAUCUGUUAUUCCUAUUUUGAAAUGACACUUUAAAUUUUAGAGUAAAAUCUAUACCAAUUAAUAAAGUACGCAACAUUUUAAGAUUACCCAUUUUUUUCGAGACAAACAAACCUCCAAUGGCAGUUUGUCAAUAAUAUAAUAAAGGAUUGUAUAUUAGAAAAAUUGGUUUUUAACUUAUUCUCUCAAUUUGGUUCUCUUGAAACAGCACAAUUUCUGUCUCAUUCGGGUUUGAAAUUCAUUCAUAAUUAUAUUGUUAAGAAUAGAGUGUCACAAUGUAUUUAUACAUUAAACAUUGUUCUUUUGAGUAUAGUUAAAAUUAUUCGAUUCUCGCUUUUAUUACUUACCAAUAAAAAUUUUGUACAACCCUGAAUAAAACUCUUUUGAUCGCAGAACUCUAUUCAAAUUGCUAUGUGAGGUGCAUUUAUUUCUAAUUAAAAUUAAGGAAAACGCCAUAAUGACGGAUCUUAGUGUUUUGUAAAGAUAUAGCCUGUUUUUUUAUAAGGUCUAUAUAAUUUACUUGUCAGGUUAUGUUCUUUGUAAUUACUAUCACAUCUUAAUCUUCUUUCACUUUUAGAAUAUAAGUAACAAGCUAGUAUAAUAAUAAAUAUAUUCAUACUUUCACAUUCUGUUAUGUGUCAGCACUCAAAUUUAUACUCUCCUACUCUUAAGGAGCCAAUGUUGUACGCUAUGAUGUUAUCUGUCAUUCUAUAUAUUAAAUUAUGUUUAAUUUCACUGUC